GCGGCUGUGCAGCCGUAUCAUAACAGGAACUCGCCAUUCAUACACCAACCAUCAUGACCUUCAUUAGUCAAGUUCGUUAUUUGAACAACUAAAAACUUUCUUUCCAGUAAUCUGUAGUGUGGCCUCAUGAACAAUCUUAACGAUCCUCCAAGAUGGAAUAUUCAGCCUGAUCAACAGGGAGAUGAUGGUGGUGGCAACAAAUGGAAUUAUGCUUUCUUGGUUCCGAUGUUAGGACUGGCUGCUUUUAGAUGGAUAUGGAGUAGAGAAUCCCAGAAAGAGGUGCUGGCAGCAAAAAUUAAGUAUGAGGAAGAUGCAAAAUUAAUAAAAAAGGAACUUGAAAUGAAGUACUUGAGCACUGUCACAGAGACCCGGCGGACUGUUGCCCACUUGGAGCUUGAACUAGAGAAGGAGCGGAGCCGUGUUAAAGGAUAUCGUGAUGCUCUCGUGUCUCAGAGCCGCCAGCUAAUUGAAGAACGGAAGCGGUUGCAGGAGGAUCGUGAGAGUAUUGAUAGAGAGAAACAACAGCUGCUACGUUCAGGGGCAGCAGCGGCACUUUACAACAACCUCGUGGAAAGGGAAACCAAUUGGCAAAGUAAAGCCAUGUUAGUGAUAAAAGAGUUUGAAAAGGUCCUGGUUGAAAGACAGAAUGCAUUUUGCAGUUUUCUCCUUCAUCGAGAUAAAAGAUAUGAAAUCGAAAAAAGUUUACUUGUGAAAGCUGCUACAGAGCCAGUUGCUGUUGAUUUGAACAUGGAAUCUGAUCUGAAAACAAUUUUUAAGCAUGAUAACCAUUGUGCUGACAUCUUAAACACUGACAAACGCAAAAAUGGAAGACUAAUGUGGCUGUACUUGAAAUAUUGGGAACUACAGGUUGAGUUACAGAAGUUUAAGAAAGUGGAAAAAUCCAUCUUGGGUACAAACUACAAUGCUGAGUGAUUCAAUGGGUAUAUUAUAAAUAAACAUAUUAAAGGUUGUAAAACAUUUUACUGUAACAUAUAAAUUAUGCACUGUGAAUUCAACAUGCUUCAGCCAGCAAUGUCAGUCUUUGAAGUUUGGGCUCAUGCAAAGAUAGGUGUUAAUUGUAUACAGGCUUGUAAUUAGUUUAUAAAUGUGACCUUAGACUUACUGCUUAAAUUCCCUAAAUCACAUGUGCUUAAUUAAAUAGUA